CUCGCCGCCGUCCUCCUUCUCUCCGCCGCCGUCACCACCCUCUCUAGCUUCGAGGAUGAGAACAUUAUCCGGCCAGUCACCGAUCGGUUCGAGUCGAUUUAGCCGGCGAUCAUCCUACCACUGGGGCAUUAGAGGCUGCUUAUACACAAUUGACUGGAAAGGAAAUAUCUCUAUCAGAACAGCAACUUGUAGAUUGUGCUUCUGCAUACAAUAAUUUUGGAUGCAAUGGAGGCUUGCCUUCUCAGGCCUUUGAGUACAUCAAGUACAAUGGAGGCCUCGACACUGAGGAGACGUAUCCUUACCAAGGUGUCAAUGGUAUAUGCAACUUCAAGCCAGAGAAUGUUGGUGUCAAAGUUAUUGAUUCAGUUAACAUCACACUGGGGUCUGAGGAGGAGCUUAAACAUGCAGUUGGACUGGUUCGACCUGUUAGUGUUGCAUUCGAGGUUGUGACUGGUUUCCGGUUCUACAGGAAAGGAGUUUACACGAGUGACACUUGUGGGAAGUCUCCAAUGGAUGUGAACCAUGCAGUUCUUGCUGUCGGCUAUGGAGUUGAAGACGGUAUUCCCUACUGGCUUAUAAAGAACUCAUGGGGUGGAGACUGGGGUGAUCAUGGCUACUUCAAGAUGGAGCUUGGCAAGAACGUGUGUGGCGUCGCGACUUGUGCAUCUUACCCCAUUGUUGCUGUGUAGAAUCUUCCGUAACAUAAAAUGAUGAGCGUAAAAGCUGUUAUCUUUAGCAACGUGUGAGGGUUGAUUGAAGGAAAAUAUCAUAAUAAGUGGACGAUGUGGGAAUGUGAUGAAAUGCAUUAAGUUAGCAUGCUCAAUAUGUGAACUUUCUGUUUUGGUUGUAAUAUAUUGGUAGAUACUCGUAAUUUUCCUAGUAUUAAAUUCUCUUUGUUGAUGUCAA